GUCCGGCUCGAGCUGUGGCUGUGCGCGGCGCGUGGAUGAGGCGCUGAAGGAGCCGCUGGUUGAGUCUGAAUUUCAGCCUGAACUCGUCGUUUCUGCUCCGGGGCUGGACUGUGCGCGGAGCCGCCGUGGACUUACGCGCGCACUUCAGUCUCUGGAGUUUGGUUUUGGAGACGGGAGCGCGGCGCAUCUCGUCUCAUUUCGCUGCUCCUUUUCGUGCAGACGCGAGAGAAACGUUGGAAGUAACGAUUCGGGGACUUUUGGAUGAGCCUCGUGGACAUGGAGCUGUCCAGAGCUGGACGAGGACGCGCUUUGGACAAGAACACGCGCUCGUACCUGCCGAGAUAAAAGCCUCGUGUCUGCGCCGUGAGGACCAGAGUGUCUCCCGUGUCUUUGUGCGACCCGCCGCUGCCUCGAGUUUGUGGGGCCUCUCCUGGAAGAGGAGGCUCCGGCUCUCUGAGGCUCCGGCUCUCUGAGGCUCUGGGUCUUUGAGGCUCCGGCUCUCUGAGGCUCUGAGGCUCUGGGUCUUUGAGGCUCCGGCUCUCUGAGGCUCUGGGUCUUUGAGGCUCAGUCUCUUCACGCGUGGAUUUGUCUCAGCGGCUCCACACAGAAUGAGAAGAUGACUGCUGAUGCUCGCCGGAGGACCACUGAUCGCUGACAUCGCUCUUCCUCCUCCUCCUCCUCAUCCUCACUGUGUUCUGCGUUAGCGUUAGCCUUCAUUAGCAUACGACGCACAAUGGCCUCUGCUCUGUGGAGGUGUCCGCCGCCCCGCUGCCUCCUCCUCCUCCUCCUCCUCCUCCUCUGCUUUCCCUCCUCACAAGCUUUCAGUCGCGCCGCCCUGCCGUUCGGCCUGGUCAGGAGGGAACUCUCGUGUGAAGGAUACGCCAUCGAUCUGCGCUGCCCGGGGAGUGAUGUCAUCAUGAUUGAGACGGCCAACUACGGGAGAACCGACGACAAGAUCUGCGACGCUGACCCCUUCCAGAUGGAAAACGUCAACUGCUACCUCCCCGACGCCUACAAGAUUAUAUCACAAAGGUGCAACAACCGUACCCAGUGUGUGGUUGUCACUGGCUCUGAUGUCUUUCCUGACCCUUGCCCCGGCACGUACAAGUACUUAGAGGUCCAGUAUGAGUGUGUACCAUAUAUUUUCAUAUGUCCCGGGACGUUGAAAGGAGUGGGAGGGGCCACGUUCCUGUUCGAAGCGGAGCAGCAGGCCGGCUCAUGGUGCAAAGACCCUCUUCAAGCCGGAGAUAAGGUCUUCUUCAUGCCGUGGACGCCGUACCGCACGGACACGCUCAUCGAGUACGCAUCCCUGGAGGACUUCAAAAACGGACGCCAAACGACCACCUACAAACUCCCGCAUCGAGUCGACGGGACGGGAUUCGUGGCGUACGACGGCGCCAUAUUCUUCAACAAGGAACGCACCAGGAACAUUGUCAAGUUCGAUUUGCGCACCCGUAUCAAGAGCGGCGAGGCGAUCGUCAACAACGCCAACUACCACGACACCUCGCCGUAUCGCUGGGGCGGCAAAACGGACAUCGACCUGGCGGUGGACGAGAGGGGAUUGUGGGUAAUCUACGCCACGGAACAGAACAACGGUCGGAUCGUCAUCAGCCAGCUUAACCCGUACACCUUGCGAUUCGAGGCGACUUGGGAUACCGCCUACGACAAGCGCUCGGCCUCCAACGCCUUCAUGGUGUGCGGCGUUCUGCACGUCGUGCGCUCCACCUACGAAGAAAAUGAAAGCGAAUCGAGCCGGAGCCAGAUUGAUUAUAUUUACAAUACGAAGCUGAGCCAGGGCGAGUACACGGACAUCCCGUUCCCAAAUCAGUACCAGUACAUAACCGCUGUGGAUUAUAACCCUCGGGAUAACCAGCUCUAUGUUUGGAAUAACUUUUACAUUCUCCGCUACGACCUGGACUUCGGACCUCCAGACCCCGCUGAAGUCCCGACCAUCGAGGAUUUCUCGGCUCCUCCGUCCAACUCCAAAACCACCACCAUGUUCAGCACCACCCCCGUCUCCACCGUCCGGCAGCACAGCGACACCACCAUGUCCGGCCCCGACCCUCGCGACGGCCGGGACCCCUUCGAGGACCCCCGGGGGCCCCCCGCUCCCGUCACCGCCGAGCCCACGGCGGCCGAGCUGCCCCCCACGCCGCGCCGCUUCUGUGAGGCCAUUCGCCGCAGAGCCAUCGACUGGCCCCAGACCCACACGGGCAGCACGGUGGAGCGACCCUGCCCCAAGGGAACACGAGGUAUCGCGUCGUACCUGUGCACGCCGUCCGGGACCUGGUGCUCGCGUGGGCCGGACCUCAGCAACUGCACCUCCCACUGGGUCACUCAAGUGGCUCAAAAGAUCAGGACGGGCGAAAACGCUGCUAAUUUGGCUAACGAGCUGGCGAGGCACACCCAGGGGCCGGUCUUCGCGGGGGACGUCAGCUCCUCGGUGCGUCUCAUGGAACAGCUCGUGGACAUACUGGACGCACAACUGCAAGAGCUCCGCCCCAGCGAGAAGGACUCCGCCGGACGCAGCUUCAACAAGCUCCAAAAGAGAGAGAAGACUUGCAGGGCGUAUAUGAAGGCCAUCGUGGACACCGUGGACAACCUCCUCCGCCCGGAAGCGUUGAAGUCGUGGAGGGAUAUGAACGCGACGGAGCAGACGCACGCCGCCACCAUGCUCCUGGACACGUUGGAGGAGGGCGCCUUCGUGUUGGCCGAGAACCUCAUCGAGCCCGCCAUCGUCAAGGUCCCCGCGGAGAAUAUCGUGCUGGACGUGUACGUGAUCAGCACAGACGGGCAGGUGCAGGACUUCAGGUUCCCUCAGAGCAGUAAAGGCGGAAGCUUCCUCCAACUGUCCUCCAACACGGUCAAAGCAAACAGCAAAAACGGUGUUGCUAAGCUGGUCUUCGUUCUGUACAAACACCUGGGGCAGUUCUUGAGCACCGAGAACGCCACGCUCCGAGGGCCGGGCGAGCCGAGCCGCCGCAACCUCUCGCUCACCGUCAACUCCCACAUCCUGUCCGCCUCCAUCACCAAAGAGUCGAGCCGCGUGUUCACCGCCGACCCGGUGAUCUUUACUCUGGAGCACCUGGAUAAGGAGCACUAUUACAACCCCAACUGCUCCUUUUGGAACUACUCAGAGCGGAGCAUGAUGGGAUACUGGUCGACUCAGGGCUGCAAACUACUGGACACCAACAAGAGCCACACCACCUGCUCCUGUAACCACCUGACCAACUUCGCCAUCCUCAUGGCUCAUCGAGGGAACGUGGCCGACGGUAGUGUCCACGAGCUGCUGCUGACCGUCAUCACUCGUAUGGGCAUCGCCGUGUCUCUGGUGUGUCUGGCCAUCAGCCUCUUCACCUUCUGCUUCUUCAGGGGUCUGCAGAGCGACCGCAACACCAUCCACAAGAACCUCUGCCUCAACCUCUUCAUCGGAGAACUCGUCUUCCUCGUCGGCAUCAACAUGACCGAGCCCAAGCUGGUGUGCUCCAUCAUCGCCGGCCUCCUCCACUUCUGUUUCCUGGCGGCGUUCGCGUGGAUGUGCCUGGAGGGGGUGCAGCUGUACCUCAUGCUGGUGGAAGUAUUCGAGAGCGAGUUCUCCAGAAGAAAGUACUACUACAUCUCCGGCUACCUCUUCCCGGCCGCCGUGGUGGGGAUCUCCGCCGCCAUCGACUACCGGAGCUACGGCACACAGCGGGCAUGCUGGCUGAGGGUUGAUAACCACUUCAUCUGGAGUUUCAUCGGACCCGUAACCUUCAUAAUUGUGGUCAAUGUCAUCUUCCUGGUCGUGACCAUGUACAAGAUGGUGAAGCACUCCACCUCCAUGAAACCCGACUCGUCCCGGCUGGGGGGUAUCAGGUCCUGGGUGCUCGGGGCGUUUGCUCUUCUUUGUCUUCUGGGUUUAACUUGGUCGUUUGGGUUGUUUUUCCUGAACGAGUCGUCGAUCGUGAUGGCGUAUCUCUUCACCAUCUUCAACACUCUCCAGGGAAUGUUCAUCUUCAUCUUCCACUGCCUCCUACAGAAAAAGGUCCGCAAAGAGUACAGCAAAUGCUUUCGCCAGUCCCAGUGCUGCGGCGCUCUGCCUCCCGAGGGCUCGCACAGCUCCGCCAAGACGUCCACGUCACGAUCCACCGCUCGCUACUCCUCCGCCACACAGAGCCGGAUCAGGAGAAUGUGGAACGACACGGUGCGGAAACAGUCGGAAUCCUCCUUCAUCUCAGGAGACAUCAACAGCACCUCCACGCUGAACCAGGGAAUGACUGGGAACUACCUUCUAACUAACCCUUUGCUCCGAACCCACGACACUAACCCCUAUAACAACCUGCUGGCAGAGACGGUGGUGUGCAACACGCCCUCGCCGCCGGCCUUCCACUCCCCAGGACAGCACUCCCUGAGCCACAGUCGGGACAUCAGCGCCAUGGACACGCUGCCGCUCAACGGCAACUUCAACAACAGCUACUCUCUGCGCGACGAUGACUACGAGGCCGUGCGGGCCCCCGCCGACCUGGGGGGCCUCACCCUGGACGACGCCGCCUUCGAGAAGAUGAUCAUCUCUGAGAUCGUCCACAACAACCUGCGGCCCCGCGGGGCCCCCAAGGGCCGCCACGCGCCCAGGGAGCGAGACCGGACUCAGACCAGGGCCGCCCCGGACCAGGGCAGCGGCAGCGAGGACGACGCCAUCGUGGCCGACCACGCCGAGGCCUCGUCCCCUCAGAGGGGCCCCGCCCGUGGGGGGCCCGCCCCUCUGGAGCUGCUGCUGCACCCCCACCACAAGGAGGUGCUGGAGGCCCCGCUGCUUCCUCAGAGGACUCACUCUCUGCUGUACAGCGCUCACAAAGCACCGCGCCGCCCCGAGGGCCCCGAGACUGUGACCGCGGAGGACACGGGGUCCCAGUCGCCCAACAACAGAGACUCCCUUUACACCAGCAUGCCCAACCUGAAGGACUCGCCCUCCGCCUCCCCCUACCCCCCCGAGGACGAGGAGCUGUCCCACUCCCCCCCCAGUGACAAUGAGGACGCCUACAGGAAGAGCAUGCCCGAACUGGGCGACGGGCCCCCGCCCCUGUCCUAUUACCACAUACACCGGGCCCCCAGCGACGGCUGCAUCCUGCCCCCCGAGGGUCAGGACGGUCCUCAGGACUGUCCUCUGGACUGUCCCCCCGACGGACAGGCGGCCGCCGACGGACAAAUGCAACUCAUCACCAGCCUCUGAGCGGCUCUUUGCACACGGCUCACCCGCGGGUGCUCCUCGCUCGGAGCCCGGCUCCGCACUCGACGGCUCUUCCUGUUAGAACAGGAAGUGAAGUGUCGUCGGGUGGAAAAAGAAUGAAUAAAAGACUUUUGCACACAGAACUCAUGAACACAAACACGCAGACGUGAGGAGCAGUGUGGACUGUGAGGACUGAACUGUGGGACUAAAGAGGAGCAGCUCCUCCACCUCCUCCACCUCCUCCUCCUCCGUCUGCUCAAAGAAGAAAGGAUCAGAGUGAACUGAGUGACUCCUGACUCUCGCUGGGGGACUUUGUGAACCCGGCUCUUUUUAGUCAAAGACCUAGUUCCACAGUCAGGAUUGUAAAGAAACCACUAAUUCAGACUCAGGCCUUAUAUUUUUCUCUAUUGCACAUUUAACUGUUGUCAAAGUAACAGCUAAAGAAAAUAUAUUUUGCUGUACCACUAGUGUAAAAAGUCAAAGAAUAAAAAAACAAGGGAGCGGCACAGAUUCCGUAGUGAUGCCGUUUCAGAGUCAUGAGGAAAACAGUGGUGGAAAUGUGCUUCUCACACUCGACGUUUGAAUAUGAAAAGAUACUCGUCCAUAUGAACUCAUGACACGUCUCUGCUUGUGAAGUGCUUUUUGCUUUUCAUGAAUGAGUUUUGCAGUAGUACAUUUGUUUCCACGGGGCCAUGCACAUUUGAGUGAAUUGGAUGUAAUUUAUUUUACUUGAAAGAAAUAGUCAGUUUUUUAAAAAAGACUUUUUUUGUGUCAUCGCAGUAUUGCAUUUUUACGGACAUGUUUUCAUCCUCUGACACUCAUUAAUUUAUUAACUGAAGUAUUGAGAGAAAAAAAUGGAAAAAAGCCCAUGGACGUGUGACGUGUUGCUGCACUGAUGCAUUUCAUCUUUUGUA